GUCGGACAGAUCAUCUGUGAGCUCCUGUGUCUGUGAUGAGUCGCUGAAGAGGACACCACAGGUCGGAAGUGGAGCUCAUUGAUGUAACACCGUUUCCCCGGAGCUCAGGAACCGCAGCUGAAGUUUAAGGUGGGCUUUUAUUAUGCGCAGCGGUGUUGCGACGUGUCAGAAAUGAAGGAGAAGUCCAAGAAUGCAGCGAAAACGAGACGAGAGAAAGAAAACGGGGAGUUUUACGAGCUUGCCAAGCUCCUGCCUUUGCCCUCGGCUAUCACCUCGCAGCUGGAUAAGGCCUCCAUCAUCAGACUGACCUCCAGCUACCUGAAGAUGAGGGCUGUGUUUCCCGACGGUGUGGGGGAAGCCUGGGGUGAAGCGGCGCGCUGCAGUCCGCUUGACUCUGUGGCCAAAGAGCUCGGAGCGCACCUGCUGCAGACUCUGGAUGGCUUUGUGUUUGUUGUUGCCUCUGACGGUAAAAUCAUGUACAUCUCUGAGACGGCCUCAGUUCACCUUGGCUUAUCGCAGGUCGAGCUGACGGGUAACAGCAUAUUCGAGUACAUCCAUCCGUCCGACCAUGACGAGAUGACCGCAGUGCUGAGCGCUCACCAGCCGCUUCACCCGCACUUUCUCCCAGAGUACGAGAUGGAGCGAUCCUUCUUCCUCAGGAUGAAGUGUGUAUUAGCCAAGCGGAACGCAGGCCUGACGUGCGGCGGUUACAAGGUGAUUCACUGCAGUGGUUAUCUAAAGAUUCGCCAGUACAUGAUGGAGGUGUGUCUCUACGAGUCCUGCUAUCAGAUCGUGGGUCUGGUGGCCGUGGGUCACUCUCUGCCUCCGAGCGGCAUCACCGAGAUCAAACUCCACAGCAACAUGUUCAUGUUCCGCGCCAGCCUCGACCUCAAGCUCAUCUUCCUCGACAGCAGAGUGGCCGAGCUGACCGGUUAUGAGCCGCAGGACUUGAUCGAGAAAACCCUGUACCAGCACGUCCAUGGCUGUGACGUGUUCCACCUGAGAUACGCACACCACUUACUACUGGUGAAAGGGCAGGUCACCACAAAGUAUUACCGCAUGUUGUCCAAGCAUGGCGGCUGGGUCUGGGUUCAAAGUUACGCCACCAUCGUGCACAACAGCCGCUCAUCUCGGCCGCACUGCAUCGUUAGCGUCAACUACGUUCUCACAGAUAUUGAGUAUAAGGACUUGCAGUUGUCUCAGGAGCAGAUGAGGUCCAGACCUGUCCUGUCCUAUAAGAGCUCGCACUCUCCUCCACAGGACUUGCGCAAACAGUUCAAAGCCAAAACACCCAGAGUGAAAACCAAACCCAAAACGUCCCCAUACCCACAGCUCUCCGAUAAGUUGGAAUCCCCUCCAGGAGGCAGCUGGAAGUCAAGUCCUCCAUGCAGCCUCUCAGCCAGCCAGGAAAAGAGUCCCGUCUCGCUGUCCAACCCUGAGCCGGGCGAGAUGUUCCCCUAUAGUCUGUCGCUGCCGUACUCGUGCGCACAAGCUCACACACGCCUCCGUGAGGACUGCAGGAAGCUGCAGCCAGUGACGAGUUCUCCUGAGCAGGAAGAGUGUCAGCUUCUCUCAGGCCCAGUGGUCCAUCGAGACGAACACUGGGGCAACACAGGAUCCCCUAAACACCCUUUAAAUCCGCACGCACUCGGCACAAAACCUUUACACAACGGCAGCCCCAUCACCUCAUCAUACAGCAACAGUUAUGCAGACUGCGGGACAGCGGCCAGGAGAUUCAGCAGCGAUUCUCUCCAUGAAAACUUCAGCAGCUGCUCGUCUUCCUCCAGACCUAGCAGCCGCUUCAAAGAGGAGCCAUACGAACAUCUCUCCAUUAGCCAUAGCAGGCCACAGAGCCAUCUUCACACUCCUAUACAGGGACCUGGGGAGGCCAGGAAACUCGGUAAAGACUCCGCAGAGAGGGCCGAGAUGGCAGUGCCAUGCCGGCUGUUGAGUAAGAGCACCUACGAUCAGCCACGUGUGUGCCAGGGACUCCAGAACCUUAGCCAGAACUUUCCCAUGCAGAUGAUGUUGGAACAGAAACGUAGGUUGCACAUGAUUGAGACACCAUACGACAACCCCCAGGGGCAGCAACAAUCAACUCGUGGGCACUGUGAUGCCACCAGGGGUGACGACAGGACAGUACUGAAGGGACAAGCUCCAUACGUGUCUUUGAACUUUCACCAGGUUCUGGCUAAGCACAGCCCCUUCCAAGCCGUCCCGUAUUCACUCGGGCGCCUGACGGACAGCUACAGCUACCGGGGGGAGGAACUCAAUCCCUAUUUGUACAGGGGUCAGAGCCCUGCCUCCCGCCCUUCCCCUGAGAACCAUGGCCAAAUUCCGCACUACAUUGGCACCUCGGUUAUCAUCAGCAACGAGAGGUGACAUGCUCAGGGUCAAAUGUCAGGGGUCAGAUACUAAGGAUGCUAAAACUCUUGCGACAGCAGGUUGCAAAUGAACGCAAAUUCAGACACAGCUGCACUCAUGCAAGCCAAUCCUAGACUGGAGCGACACAUUACUUCAGGUACUGAACAUAUUCUAUUUUUGCAAGCCGCACAGCCAACACCGAGCAUCGUAGCGAGACGACCGGGCUGGCGAUAUUUGUGAAAAUGCUGAGAACUGGUACGUUAUUUGGGAAUUUUUUUUUUAUUUGAAUGGCCUCCUAGUUGCUGAACAAACAUGCAACUGAAUAUGCAAGAGCAUAUCGCUCAGUGUGAACUGAAACCUAAAUAAUCUAACUGUAGGUUCGAUUUGAACUAAAUAUGAUCAAAAUCCUGAUGUUCUAUUUAAAUCAAUGUCAUGAUGCGCAGACUGUUAACACCCACCAACGAGAAUUAUGAUUUUUUUUUUUUUUUAAAGUUUAUACCUGGCAUGAUGGGUAUGAUACGUGAACAAUGAAAACAAAAUGUACCAAUUAAGGUUUUUUUUUCUGUCAUUUAUUUGAAGCUGGAACAAAAUAAAUAAAUAAACCAACAGAACAUAAUAUCUUAUGCAACAUCGGAACAAAAUAUGCUCACUGCCUCGUGAAGAGAAGAUUAAAAAUUUCUCAGACCUUGCUUGCUUCAAGUUUUGUGUUGCCUAACAACCAGUAAUCCACAUUUAAAGUUGAAAAGCCUUAGAUUGUAGCCAAGAAGGUGCACAGAAUACCAAUUGUGCUUGAUCACAAAGAAACGAUGCUGUGUUUAUUUCUGACACUGCUUUGACUUAUUUGUGACGAACGUAAAUUACAUCCAAAAGAUACGGAAAAUGAUGAAAAGGUACUUUGAAUCUGAAUAAUAAUAAUAAUAAAAAGA